UCAUGAUGAAAAUACUAUUUGAACAGAAAUUCAGGAUUUUUAAUUGUUCGGUUUUCUUUUAAUUCUCUAACUGAAAUGUGUUCAUUUGAUUAAGAUUGUGGUCCUUAUAUCUUGCUAUUAUCUGCAUCAGCAGGAGUUAAACAGGGCAGGGCUUAUGAUACAAGCAGAGCUGAAACAGUAAAGUAAGCAUCAGAGACUCUUCUACUGUUCCUAGAAACGGCACAAAUUGUCUCUCUGUAUUUCAGGCUUGUGAUAUUCUCAGUGUCAACAUAAACUGAUCUAUGGAAGCCAGUCUCUGCAACUGAUACCAAAAAAGAAGUCUUCUUGAAUAUGAUCCUCUCUACUCAUUUUCUCUCCUUUUCUAUUACUGUGUAUUUCAUCAACUCCGCUUUUGCAAAGUUUCAUCCAUUAGCAGAAAUAGAAGAUGCGCUCCUUAGAAAACUUUUUGCUGGUUACCAGAAAUGGGUCAGGCCUGUUCUAAACCCAAACAGCACCAUUAAAGUUAAUUUUGGUUUAAAAAUAUCCCAGCUUGUUGAUGUGGAUGAGAAAAAACAGCUGAUGACUACAAAUGUAUGGUUAAGGCAGGAGUGGAUGGACAUGAAACUGAGGUGGAAUCCUAAAGACUAUGGGGGGAUAACAUACAUUAGGGUUCCAUCAGAAACUCUGUGGCUUCCUGAUAUUGUUCUUUUUGAAAAUGCUGAUGGGCGUUUUGAAGGUUCCCUCAUGACAAAAGCAAUAGUAAAAUAUGAUGGAACUGUAACAUGGACUCCACCAGCCAGUUAUAAAAGUUCUUGCACAAUGGAUGUGACUUUUUUCCCCUUCGACCGACAAAACUGUUCAAUGAAAUUUGGAUCAUGGACGUAUGAUGGGAACAUGGUUGACCUUAUUCUGCUGGACGAGAAUGUAGACAGGAAGGAUUUCUUUGAUAAUGGAGAAUGGGACAUCCUUAAUGCCACUGGCUUAAAGGGAAUGAGGAAAGAUGGGCUUUAUUCCUACCCAUUUAUCACAUAUUAUUUUGUCUUGCGACGCCUUCCCUUGUUUUAUACCCUUUUUUUAAUAAUUCCCUGCCUUGGUCUUUCAUUCCUAACUGUGCUAGUGUUUUAUUUGCCAUCUGAUGAAGGGGAAAAACUCUCCUUGUCCACAUCUGUAUUGGUUUCUCUUACAGUUUUCUUACUAGUCAUUGAAGAAAUUAUCCCUUCUUCAUCAAAGGUAAUUCCACUUAUCGGAGAAUACCUGUUAUUUAUCAUGAUUUUUGUAACUUUGUCAAUAAUAGUUACUGUUUUUGUCAUUAAUGUUCACCAUCGGUCUUCAGCCACUUAUCAUCCAAUGGCACCAUGGGUAAAACGGCUCUUCCUGGAACAGCUUCCAAAGCUUCUCUGUAUGAAAGGACAUAUUGACCAAUUCUCCUUUUUUGAUUCAGAAAGCAAUGUCUCUUCUGCCAAAUCAAAACGUUCUGGCAAAAGGAAACGCAUUAAUGCAAGUGAUGGGGAAAAAGUCUUAAUUGCCUUCUUGGAAAAAGCAUCAGAUUCUAUUAAGUACAUUUCUACACAUGUAAAGAGAGAACAUUUUAUUAGACAAGUUGUUCAAGACUGGAAAUUUGUGGCUCAAGUUCUUGAUCGCAUCUUCCUAUGGUUGUUCCUCUCAGUAUCUAUCAUAGGAUCAGUUCUUAUAUUUACCCCUGCAUUACAGACGUGGUUGAAUAGUUAUGUCUGAUCGUUUGUUAAAGCAGUGACUAUAGAAAAGAAGAAUACAAGAAAUCUUUUUUUAUCAGGUAUAUUGGACUGUGUUAUGGUUGACUUUUUUUGAAAGGGAAUCAUCAUCACACCAGGUUUUAUUUCUUAAGUCAUAAAUGAUUUCAGGAUACUGUAUAUGAGCAGAAAUUUAUAAUAAAGGUCCACAGUACAUGUAUUUAUAUAUUAGUGAUUAAGAAUAUUUUUCUUUACUAAGCCUCAUUGGACUUGAAUGAUAUGCUAGAAAGGUGAUUAUUAAUGCUGUUAUAUACAGGUAUAUAUCAAACUUGCCUUUUAAUUAUACUCACUUGUCAAUUUGUCUAUGUGUUAUACCAUCAACAUCUGUUAAUUACAAACCUUGGGUUGCAUAGCCUCAACAAAACAUGUCAAACAUGGUACAUUAGGUUUUAAGGUAAUUUGUUUAACGAUACAUGGGGUAAUGUAAAAAAAGGCUCUAAAUUUGUCCAGGAGCAGUAACUUAUAGGAACCAAUAGGCAGGUAGUAUUUACCAGUCACCUGUUUAAAAGCAAUCAUCUUAUUGGUUGCUAUGGGUUACUGCUACUGGGAAAUUGUAGUGCCUUUUAUUACAUAUGGGGGAAAAUGUUUAUGUUUAAAUGUACUAUGAUGAUCAAAUAAUGAAUGUAGUUUAGUUUUUGGCAAACUCGUCUGAUAUAUAAAAUAUGAUAUGGUAAUUCUACAGAAAAAAAAAAUAUGAAUUUAUAUGUAUUUAUAUGUAUUCACAUUCCCUAAACAUUACACAGCAUGGUAUUUAAGACAUAUUUAUUGGUUACAUUUCUUUAGUGUAAAGGAACUGAAGCAAAUGCAUAAACUAAAGCAUCUGCAUACAUUUGAAUUUAUCUUGAAACUUGAAUUUAAAAUAGCAUAACAUUUGGAAAUAGCUCCCACUGACUUUAGUAACUCAAUAACUUUUAUUUUUUUUAUUCAAUUUUUUUCUUUAACUAAUAUCUCAAACAUUCCAGUUUGGAAAACUCAAAUUUGAAAAUUAUUACUAAUUAAUAGUAAUAAUUAACUGAGAUUUUUGCCUCAAAAACCUUGAACCACCACUAGAUCUUAAAUGUUGCUAAAUCUGCCCUUAAUUGUACAUCCCUACAGAACAUUCAUGAUGGUGUUACAUCUGAGGGCAGAAAACAUAAAUGUGCUUGCUGUUUUUGAUAGCUAGGAUGAAGAAUGCUCUCACUACUGUGAAUAAUAUUUAUAUUAGGAGAAACUAAGAGGAAUGGAGUUGCUUCUACAAGUAAAUACAGGAAUACAGGAAGCCACACAAUUGAAUAUAUACACAAAGUCAAACUUAAUUAUUCAUGUUAAAUAUGAAAGAAACAAAGUUUUUCCAGCAUUUAUUGUGUUCUGUUAAUUAUCUGUGAGCGUUCAAAAACUUUAGAUAUGUGUUACAUAGUUACAUAGUUAAAUUGGGUUGAAAAAAGACAAAGUCCAUCAAGUUCAACCCCUCCAAAUGAAAA